AUGGGAUACCCUCAGAAGACAAAAAGCAUCUUGAAAUUUGUGCUUUUUGUUUCUGUCGCGCUCUGUGUUCUCUACGUGACUUCUUCGUCUCUGAGACUUUUAAGAGGCAUCGCAGCUGCAGACAAAUGCUCUCUGGAAAGUAAGAAACUGCUGCCUCUGGACCACAGCGUGGAUGCCAGCCUUGAUUACAGGUCAAGGCCUGACGUGCAAACUUGCACGUCGUGGAACGCUCCCAUCAUCUGGGAGGGGAUGUUUGAGCCUGAUCUUUACGACCGGACGCACAAGAGUGAGGGGUCCUCCGUGGCUCUCACAGUGUUUGCUGUGGGCAGGUACCUGGACGCUUACCUGGAGGCCUUCCUGAACUCGUCAGAGCAUCACUUUAUGUUGGCUUUGCCCGUCACUUACUAUGUAUUUACGGACGAGCCGGAGAAGAUCCCAGACAUCAAGCUCGCCCCUCAGCGAAGCAUGAAGGUCAUCAAAGUGGAGAGGCACUCCAGGUGGCAGGACGUCUCCAUGAUGCGAAUGAAGGCGAUAUCAGAUAUCAUAGAGUCGGACAUUCGCCACCACUGCACGCACGUCUUCUGCUUCGACGUGGACCAGCUGUUUACUGGGAGGUUCGGCUCGGAGGCUCUGGGAGAUUUGGUGGCUCUGCUCCACGCCCACUACUACCGCCUUCCGAAGGUGAGGUUCACCUAUGACCGCAACCCCAAGUCCAAGGCGUACAUGGAGAGCGGGGAUUUCUACUACCACGCCGCUGUCUUCGGAGGCUCGUGGAAGAGCGUGAAGGCGCUGACCGAGGCCUGCUAUCAGAGCAUCAUGGAGGACAAAAAGAACAACGUGGAGGCUCUGUGGCACGACGAGAGCCACCUCAACAAGUACAUGUGGCUUCAUAAACCGAGCAGGCUGCUCUCUCCGGAGUACUGCUGGGACACCAGCAUCCCCGACAGGCGUGAUAUCCGAGUCGCACGGCUGCUGUGGGCACCAAAGGAUUAUAAAAAACUCCGCAAAGGUUAG